CGAGGCCAGAAAUGACAUGCAGCGGACUGUUUCUGCUCUCACCACAAACCCAUUUCCUGAGGUGAAGUUGAGGAGAGAUGAGACUGCAACACAAGUGUCGUUUUGGUUCAUUGGCAUCAGUACCAGCCGAAGAAACUCUCUUCUACAAAACAAAAGCGGCCACUGAAGGUUAGUCAAGAAGAUAAAUCCUAAGAACAGCAAUGUCACAUUCUGUGAAUAUGACAUGUCAGACUAUGAAUUGUACAAAUCUAGAACAAAACCCGCUUUUUGUUGGUGUGUAUUCAGUGGUCUUCAUAUUUGGCCUAACCCUUAACCUGACUGCACUCGUGGUUUUUUUCCGUAACUCUAAAUCCCGUUCACACACCACCAUGUACAUGACUCACCUGGCCUUUGCUGAUCUUCUUCUGGUUUGUACACUUCCUGUGCGGAUCUAUUUCCACAGUGGGUUGGGGAAAAGUCUGCCCCGGAGUAUGUGUGAAUUUACCGGUCUCAUAAUGCUAGGUAACAUGUACAGCAGCAUCUUCCUCCUCACAUGCAUCAGCUUUGACCGUUGCAUAGCAGUCUGCUUCCCGCUGUCUUCUCGUGUCCGUGAGUGCCGCAAGAAAGCAUGGUGCGUGUGUCUGGGAAUUUGGAUCCUAACUAUCACAACAAGCUUACCGAUCUAUUUCAGAAAAAAGAAAGACUAUCAAAAGUAUAACAUCACAUGUUUUGGUGGUUUUCCUUCCUAUGCGACUGAGAAAGCUCCUCUUGUUUCCACUCUUAUUUUGGGGUUUGGGAUCCCAUUGAUCAUUAUGAUCCUCAGCUCAUGGGGGCUCAUCCGGGCUAUAAGCAAAAGCACAGCUGUCCAGACCAGUGACCUAGUAGACAGCGUAAGGAUUAAAAGGAUGAUAAUAACAAACUUGGCCAUCUUUCUGUUCUGUUUUCUGCCCUAUCAUAUUAUGCUCUUGAUACUUCAUGCCAGUGAAUGUUCAUGCCUACUGUUAAAGGCCUACAGGUACAGCCUCAUGGUAGCUUGCCUGAAUGCAAUGCUGGACCCCGUGGCAUACUACUUCACAACGGAAACGUUUAGAAGAAAAAUGGAUGUUAAAGCUGUACGCAAAAUACGGCCAAUGAACAGUCACAGCUCGGAUGGAAACAACCGCUGUCGUGUCCCACACACAACAUAAAAACAUGGGUCUACUCAACUCUGAAGAUCAACUCUCAUGCUUACACUGAUGCAGUUUACAUGAUCGUUCACAUAUAGAUUUCUGCUUUUAUAAGAACUAAACACGUUGAGAGAUAAUCGUGUAUGACUCAAAUUUUUUUUACAUUUUUUAAAAGGAAACCACAAGUCUGACUUUUCACUUUUCAGGACUGCAUGCAAGCAUAGUGUGUGCAAAAGUAAGUGUGCUGUGUAGCCUGGCCUUUAUCAUAUAUGCAUCGCUGAUAAAGUAAAUGACUCAUUUAGCCAUUGAUGUGCAACCCCUAUUUUUUCAAAAUAAACUCUCAGUGGGAAAGCAUUAUAAUAAAUAUAACAGUGUGACAAAUUAGGAUAAUUAUUUUUUGAUAAACAUACACAAAAGACAGUGAACGUAAGACAGAUAGAUCAGAGCAUUACCUCCUCAUCUAAGUUCAUAGCCUUUAGUUUUGCAGCAGUGUUUUUGUUCUCAUAUUUUAAAUGUUAAUAUUUGUAAGUAUUUGUGCAUUAUAAUUUUGCAAGUGUGCAUUUUUGAUAUGUGCAUGAUCAUUUUGUAUCUUGAUUCACCAUAGUAAAAGUAGUCUAUAUGGACAUAUGUGUCUAAGUUAACAUUAACUUCUAAGAAUUUCCUGUUACAUUGUGAAUGUUUGAUAUUAGUUGUUUGAAAACCACCAAAACCCCUUUUUCUGCCUAUUUCCACACCCUUCCUCUUCUCUACCACAUCCGUUUAACUUGCGCAGAAUCCAACAGAAAUUGUGUAAAUAUUUUAAUAAAACUUACUAAUACAGACCAAAGUAGGCUAUAUUUGUUUAGUUCUCUUUUUGCAAUUUAUAUUAUUGUUAUCUGUCCAUGUGGUUUUCUUUUUUAAAGCCAAAGGGAAACAAACAGGAGACAGUGCAGUGGUAAAUAAAAACAUAUGACUUUUUAUUUUUUAAUAGGCUACAUUUUAAUAAAUGGAACAUGGUGAAACAUGUUCCUCUAAUGAAACCCGUUUUGUAACACCCGGCUUAAACUGUAUGUUCUUGUCCCCUUUUUUCCUCUAAAACAUUGCAUUUACAAGCUUGAAGCCUCAUCUUCAUUAGUGAAGAUGACAAAUAAUUCAUUGCAUAAAUAAGCAUAAAUUAUUGUUGUUAAAUUAUAAUAUUAGAAUACUUUAACGUGUUGCUAAGCCGUUGUUUUUCAAUGGUUCUGGCAGAAACUUGUGCCUUGUUGCCAGGAGAUGCCUGACAAAUAUAAACAGUAUGUUCUAAAAUCGGCUCAGUCAGAUCAAAGGUGUUUGAAAUUUUGAAACUAGUCUGAAGCUAAAAAACAAGAGUCUGUGACUAUCAUAUAUUAGCAGGGGCGGUUUCUUCGAAGAGUGACACAAGGGAAGUUCGAAAGGGAGGGAUUUUUUGCUAUCACGUUCAACCUGUGUCACCUAUCACUGUUCUAGAAGACUGGUUUUCCGACCCUUGCUCAAGAGACUUAAAAAAAUGGAUUGCCAGGAUGAUUUAAGGAAAAUGUUUGGUAUGUAAGAGUUAAAGACUCAGUGAAGAAGGAAGCCGCAAACGUAAACUUAAUAGUUAGCAGGGCUGCCAACUCUCAUGCAUUCAGUGUGAGACAGACACAUCCAUUUUCUCAUGCAGUCAAAAAGCACCCUCAGACAGUAAUAACAGGAUAUUGGCCAAUCAGACUUGGUAAAGGCUUCAGUGUGCAUUUGUGUUUGUGCUCUGUAAAGCGCCAGAAGAUUUAAUUUAAAACGUGAUUAGUAGCCAAUCACAGACAUACUCGAUUUCUUGAACACGUGUAAUUGGACAUUGUGAUGUCUCGUCUCUAAAUGAUGCAUUUUUUUUUCCUGCAUGCUGGUGAAUCCUCUCACUGUAACACAAUGUAAUAAGAGGUUCAUUGAUUAUAAAGGUACUUUGUGACAAUGUGAUGAACUGAAGUAUGUGACACAUUAUUAAUCAUUAUUCUGAUUAGCCUACCUAGUUGUCAUUGGAGACUAGUACAGCUUGUAUACAGCCUGAAACAAACCACUAUAAAUGUAUCUGUGGCCUAAUAAAAUUUAU